AAUAAUAACGGUUUGCGUAACGAAAGUGAGAGUAAAUAAUGUAAAACUCAUAAACAGUUUUGUUGUUUAGACUCACAUAUUGUCUAAUCAUUUGUGGAUCAGUUUCAGUGACUCCGGCUUAAGACACACACACAGACAGACGGGAAACCAAUUGAGUCGUAACGAGAUGGCCGACGCCGGAGAUAAUGGUGAAGAUGUGACCAAUGGUGUGGCCAAUAGUGGCGGCGUCGGUGGUGUUCGCCGCAGACGCGUUGGUUUAGUCGGCAGUAAUGAGUCGUCGGACGGCAGCAACGGUUCCAAUGGUUCAGCGCUUCCCUACAAGACAUGCAACGAAUAUAUCCAACACUUGAACGUCUGGAUACUACAGACAAUGCAAUACAACUGGUUUGCAGCCAAUUAUCCAUUGAUAAUGUCUUCGAUGGCAACGACGACGACGACGUCAUCGUCGGCCGCAAAUAACAACAACAAUGUAUUUAACUUUAACUUCUUGAACAUGAAUCCACUGGUCAACCAAAAUAUGGUCAACAAUAACAUGAAUAACAACACAACAACCACACAACGUAAUGGUCGUGUCUAUUCAAUGCCGAAGCUCUGGAAGAGAAUCGCUGCAGAAGUCAUUGAUUUUUGUUUUCUUCUUAUACUUAAAUUAAUGGUUACAUACGUUGCCGUCGAUUAUCUCGAUCUCAUAGAUUUGGAUAAAUUUGAUUUGAGUUUAUUGGACAACGACUUCGAUGCGCUUCAAAUAGCAUAUGAACUGACGUCUGAGAUAAUCAUCAUUGAAAUGAUUCACCGAUUUAUUGUUUGCGCUUAUGAGACAAUAUGCCUGUAUUCGGGCCAAAUGGGCCGCGAGGGUGGAUCGACACCAGGAAAAGCCAUAUUUGGCAUAUCAGUGGUUUCCUGUGAGACUAUCGACGAUUUGGGCAAUGGUUUGAUUCGGGUGACACCCGCUAAAAAUAUCGGACUCUUUUGGUCGUUAGUGAGAGCUCUUAUCAAGAAUAUGAGUGCUGUCUUUUUCAUACCGGCCUCACUCACUGUAUUCUUAUCGCCACAUAAUAGGGCCGCUUAUGACAUACUCUGUAAGUGUGUUGUCGUUCAAGAGAUCCAGAAUCGUGCCUAAAAAAAGGACAGCCACUAAAAAUUGUUAGCCAUUUAUUAUUUUUUUGUUUAAUGGCACCGUUACUCUCCGUGAAAACAAAACAAAAAAAAAAUAUUGUUAACUCAAACCCCAUGUUUGUUAUAUACUCGCCGACGACUAACUCUCUCUCUACUCGACGACGAGUUUGAUGUUAAGAUUUUAAUGUUUAAAUAUUUUUUUUAUAUAAAAAAGAGACUCCCCUUA